AUAAUUGAUCGCAUCUUUUUCUCUCCGAUUGAAUAUACCUCCCCGGGAAUCAAACGCCGCAAUGUCGCUCUUCCGCAACGGCGGCCGGACUGCCAGCGUGCAGCUCCGUGGUUUCUCCUCAUCCUCAAGUCUCCGUGUCGGACCUGAAUCACCCAACUUCAUUGAGGUUCCCCGGACAAUUCAACCAGAUCUCCCUUCAAAACCCCGCGUCAAAGGUACAUUACCGGUACCGCGUGAAAUUUUCCCCCGUCGACGAGUGGACAAGCCCAAUAAACAGUACAUUGCCGCCGCUGCACCUCUCCCUACCAACCAAGAAAAGAUCAAUCCCGAUGAGCCUCAUGCUGAAUACAGAGAACGGAAGCGGGAAAUGGCCGACAUGAGAAGACAGAACCUCAAGGAGGGCCUGCUGGAAUUACACAAGCGGAAGAAAUGGACGGAUAGGACAAUGGAAGAGCGAAGUCGCCAGCGACAAAUUCAACGAGAGCGCGUUCUCCGCCAGACCGAACGAGACGAUGAGCGCUAUACUCGGCCUUCCAUUGUGCAGGAAAUGCUACCCAAGCGAACCCCUGUGUUGCCCGAUCCCGGAAGAGAACAACGACUCGCCGAAUCACGGCUCCGAGUAGAAAACAAGAAACGUGAGGAAGAGCUGGAGCGCCAGGACUCGCUACACACUCUUUAUAUGAAUGCUCGCGAGUUCAUUACCACCGAGGCCCAGCUCGCCGCCGAGAUCGACAAGGUCUUCCCUGAAGGAGAGAAUGAAGCUUGGCGCAGCGAUUAUAAGUAUGGCGAAAACAUUUGGAACUUAGGAUUCCCCCGAAACCUAGGAACUCGCUCCGAUGUCCCGAAACGCGAGUCCGAGCGUUGGGAUGUUAUCCAAGGCAGAGUCAAGAAGUUGGGAGAGCAGAUUACUGGUGGGAAGAUCUGAGGUUUAAGAGACUAUUGAAGACUUGUAUAAUACUGUUAUUUCCAUGUAACUCGGAAUUUGUAUUUUGAUUGCACCUAUCUAUACACCAUGUACACCAAUUUCUGCUAUAUGACCAUGGUCCAAAUAAUCUAUGCGAAGAUAGCCAAAAGACAAAACGCCGCCGCUAUGCAAUAAACAAAAAGUGC